UCUCUCUGUGGCAAGAGCUCAAGCUUAACAGCAAACCCCAAGAAUCUUAGCAAGAAAAGUCUCUUUGUUUCUGUCCCACAAGUUAACACAUAUUGCAGCAGAUUCCCUAAACCUUUAAUUCUAACUCUUACCAUUACAGUACUUUUUAAAGAUGAAAGGAAUCCAUAUAUUCUGUACAUCUCAAGCUGCAACAGCCAUAUGUCCCAACAUGAGUGAAGCCUCAUCUUCUUCGUCUUCCUCCUCCUCCUCCGCUGCUCAACUCGGGAGCAGUCGAGCCAUUGACCGAUACAAUCCCAUCAUCAGAGACGAGAGAAGAAAUGGAAAUCCACUUCCACCUCUCAGUUCUCAACCAAAACUCACUCCCAAACCUCGAAAACACCAUUCAAAAAACCCAAAGAAACCUUUGAAGAGAAAUGAGGAAGCCAAGAAAAAGAAAGUCCUCGAACUGGAGGAUGAAAAAUUAAAGAGAAAGGAUGAAAGAUUUGAUAAUAGUACUAAUGUUGUAAGGAAGAGCUGGAGUUGUACCAAGCCAGGAGAUUUUAUAAGCCCUGCUGGUUCAACUAGAUACUUGUUGAAUGAUAAAGCUUUCUUGGAGGUCUUAUCGGAUUUCGACCCGGUUUUGAAAUUGGUUCAUGAUGAACCUUCCAAGUCUAAAACAGAUGAAUCAUGUGAUGGAAAACUAACCUCUCUGUCUGAAUCUCCAGAACAGGUUGUUGUUCUUAGAGUAUCCCUGCACUGCAGAGGAUGUGAGAGAAAAAUGCGAAAACAUAUCUCUAGAAUGGAAGGGGUGAAAUCUUUCAACAUAGAUUUUGCAGCAAAGAAAGUGACAGUGAUUGGGGAUGUGACUCCAUUAGAGGUUCUUUCAAGCAUAUCGAAGGUAAAGAAUGCCCAAUUAUGGCCUCCAACGCUAUCAUCUUCACUUUCACCACAAAAUUUCACUACCCCAGAAUUCAACUACAAAGGAGCUGCUGGUGCUUGAAUUAAUUAUCACUAGAUGAAAUAUUCAUCUUCUUAAUGGUGUAAAUUGAGGCUUGGCUUGAUGAUGGUUCUCGUUUAUGAAUUUGGUAAUUUAUGCCUUUAGUUCUGUACUUUUUUUUUAUUAUAAAACUAAUUAAUAAUAUCUCGGUGCGAAUUGAAAUCAAAAUUUUAUUUUGGAAUGUAUGUGUUUUCAAAUGA